UCUCAAUGCCAGGCAUAUAAAACAUUCAACAGACCCACGCAGAACACGAACAGAGAGCGCAAAUUCUCCAGUGCAAGAGAAACAAAAAUUGUAAUUUUUUAAACAAAAUUGUUUCUUAACUGACCGGUUUAUGAUAUUGAAGUAGAUUUCAUGCAUUCAGCUGCAGGCAGUAUAUUGAAGAGGAACCACUUGUUAGCUUUUAAUUUGUCAAUGGGGAGUGCGGAGAAGAGCUGUGAUAUUUAAAGUUAUUGGAAGAUGAUUGCGAUUUUUACUCUCCAAUACCAGCUGCACAAAGACCCAGAGAGCACUUAAUGUUCAUAACUCUGAGAGGAUAUACUCUGCUUGGCCUUUUUUCAGCAUUGUUUUUGAUCUGAUUUCGAUAUUGAUUAGCAAGUGACCUUGAAUCCAGUGAUUAUAAAUAUACUAUAAAUAAACAUGGAUUAAUAAGUUGCAUGUUUUGCUGCAUGGUCACCUUGAAACCCAUGAUAUCCUGCAAGGAAAUGUACUCUAAUAAGUUGCAUUCUGAGCACGUGCUUCGAAUUCGUUUAAUACUUGAGUGACAUCAUGUGCAACCUGUAAUUAUUGUUUCGAUUGCAUUUGUGAAUAAUGCAUUGAAUGGCUUAUAUAACUAGAAUGGUGACUCUCUGUCAUUUCUAUAGUGGAAUGCAUUGAAAGCAACUUGUGUAUAUUCUGCAUCACCAAGGAGGUACACUUCUUAUUGGGCAAUUUUCCUACGAGAGGACGGAAGUAAAUUCUCAUCUAGUACAGCAGCGCAUAAUUGAACAAUUUUAGUGUUUACAAACUAACAGUUACAUAACCCCUGAAAACUGCCGGUAUAAACAGUAGGAAUUUAAUUACUCAGCGAGAACUGGAUGCUAUAUUUUUCUCUUUGGAAUGAAUGAAAUGAAAGGUAUUGAAAUUUUGUAAAGGAGCAUACUGUCACGGAAAGCCGAUGAUUACCAGUUGUCAUCGUGAAAUUGAUUUGUGACAAAUUUUUCAAGUGGAGAGGAUAUCUUGCAUUGUUCUUCAUACGAAGUAGGACAUGUUGUAUUUACCACAAGGUGCAAAGGACCUAUUAGAUUAAAUAGACUACACGAAGAGGUAGAAAUUUAUCAGCGAUUGUCAAUUGUUGAAUAAGGAGCUGUACUCCGGCUGUACAAAUUUGAUAAUUCUAGAUCAGAUGAUCUUGGCCCAUGUGCUGGGUAAACAUGCCCUAUUUUCAUUGUCUAGUUUGGUCCUGUCCAUAAACUUUUAAACACCAGAUUUAAUUAGUUGGGCAUUAAAGCAUUAACUUGUCCUUCCUAUAAUCAGUUAAUUGUAGAUUGGUCUGAAUAUAACUGUGUGUAAUCUGCUGUUUAAAUGUGCUGCUCUGGUAGAUGAACUGGAAAACGUAUACUCAACAGUGUUGAACGUGGUGAUUUAAAACUAGAAAGUUUGACAUUUUGUGCUGUAAAUAUUGAGAGAAUGCAUCUUCAAAAAGAAUUGAUCUGAAAUGUAGGUCAAGACAGCCCUUUAUUUAAGUGCAGUACUACAUACUACGAGAUCAAAGAGAUAUAUGGGCCAGCAGAGCAGUAGUGAGUGCUGUUAUAACAACACUGUCAUCAGGGAAUCCUGAGGAUAUUUUCGCCCUCACAUUUUCAGGAGUAUAUUCCCGUUGUAAAUUGAAUACAAUUUAUUUCCUUGAGGAAUCGGACAGGUACACUUGCAGAUACAGGAUGUAUAUUACAUACGUGUGAUAUCAGUUUGGGGGGUGUGAUAUCAGUUUUUGGGGUGUGAUAUCAGUUUGGGGGGGAUCAAUAGAUGUUUGUAGUCAUUCACGGAUUACAAACAUGAAGAAAUUUUUUGGGAUUGAUAACAAAACCCGACCGGGACGUCGAAUGUCCCUGCAGGUUAUUCCAGACAACCACGAAGUCAUCCAGUUUAAGGAUGAUGAACUGGAUGAUAAUGCCGUGAUGAAGAUGAUUCACAAACAGAGGCGGAGGAGGGGUUCCAUCCCUGGACCGCCCCCGAAUGCCGCUCAAAAGGUAGGUACCCAAUACCAUCUUAUGCUCUCACAGACCCCCGGGAACAUCCCCUAAUCUUACUCACAAUUCGGGUAUCCACAUGCAACACCAUCUCUUAGGAUGCUCCCUUAACCCAGCUCACAAUGUGGGUACCCAGCAUCAUCUAUUGAUGCUUUUACAGAUCCCAGGGGACCACCCCCUAAUCCAUACUCACAAGGUCAGUUACCUCAUCUCUAUGCUCUCAGACCCCCUGGGACUGUCCCCUAAUUCAGAUCUCAAUGUAGGUACCCAGCAAUCAUCUCUGCUCUCACAGAACCACCACCCCCACCCCACGGGACCGUCUCCUAAUUAAUCCUAAGUACUCACAAUGUAGGAACCCGUGAGCAUCCAUCCAGCAAUGUUAAGGCUACCCAAACUAUGUUUUGUUAUUAAAAAUGAUGAUAUCGAUUCAUUUCUGUGUAUUUUUUCCGUUCAAUGCAUGGUACGAAAGUUUUAUUUUCCAUUCGGUUCAUCUUUUUAUAUCGAGAUUGAUAAUCAAGUAAUAGUUAGUAUAAAAUCAGGAUUGGGAACAAACACAUGUAAAUCAAAAUGGCCGACUCGUACAAUAAUGCGUAUGUGCAGUUGAAAGACCAAUACUCUUCAAGAUUGUAAAAUGUUAUCUGGGUAUCUAUUAGUUAUAUCUGUAUCUGAGCGUGUGUUCUCCACCGCAGGAGACAUAGUGAAAGCUGUCUCCAGAAAUAGAAAAUGUUGACAUUCUUGAUCAUAUUCUUAGAGUCCAAUGUCGUUAUUCCAGAUGAUUUUUUCUUGAAAUUUGUUCUUAAAAUGUCAAUGGGUUAAAAAAAGAAUCGAUUCACAUAUUAUUCCAUUCAGUCUAGUCAAUUUGUUUUCAAUAUCUUCUAUAAGUCAAUCAUAUUAAUUUCCAUUUAUGAUUACAAAAAAUUAUUAUUAAUUUUACUGAGUUUAUGUUGUAAUUUAGUUGGAAUAAAAUAUGUGAAAUAAAAAUUUAGAAAACCACAUCCCCACAUCAUCUGUUCCGCUUACCAUGUUAAUUGAAAAUCUAUCGUAUCGAAAAUACUCGGUAACUGAAUUGAGCCUAAAUUCUACAAUAAUCAUAUUGUAACGGAAACGUAUCGUUUCACCCCUAAUUGAUAGCACUUCUGAAUGUCCUGUUCUACUGAGAUCGUGUCAAUGACCCGACUUACUAAAGAAGAGUAAGACAUAUUUCAUUGGGUCCUUGUGGCGUUGAUGAUUUGUUGAUUUCAAAGUCGCUAAAGUAUUGAUACUGCAUGCAUGAUUACAUGUUACAAGUACACAUUAAAUAGUUUCUGUAAUUCUAGAUCUGUAAAUCAGUUGAACUUUUCCAUUUGAUACUCAAUGGAAAGCAAAUAUAUGAAACUAAUAUAUUCAGUGUUGGUCAAACUAUGCCUUAUUUCAAGGAAUUUAGUGCAUGUAUAAUUGCUUCUGCAUUAGAAAUUAAUUACCGGUAAGAUAUUUGCUGAAACCAUGCACUUGAUUUAAGGUCUCAGAAUGAUGCUGAUUAACACGUUACCAGUACACAAAUAGUGCUUCCUUGGCCUCCAAUAAUACAAAUGUUAAAUGGCUUGAACAACUUGAGAAUUUCGUUUCCUCGAUGUUUGGAUAAUCACUUUAACAUGAUGCUUACUCUUCUCCAGGAAUUCGGGUUCUGACUUUUAUAUUCUCCAAACUUUUCUUCUCUCUCUCUCUCUCUCUCUCUCUCUCUCUCUCUCUCUCUCUCUCUAUAUAUAUAUAUAUGCAUGCACUAUAGCUUCCUGGGACUUCAAUAGAAGAUGAAUGCAUGGUUGUGAAGUUGUAUAGAAACUAGAAACACCAGGCUAUUCGAUAUGAUUAUAUAGUCCCAUUAAAGACAUACAGUUUUCUCCUUCAGUGUAAUGGUGAUAGUGAAGAGUUAUUGAUGCUGUGACCUCUGUAAGGAAAAACAAUCACCGUUUCAUUCUUCUUGUGUAUGCUCUCUGGUAUGAAAAUAAGCCAGCAUUCUAAGAUGUAACUAAAACUCACACUUCUGCUUUAAUUUACCAAAUUGCACCUUGGAGUUUCAGGAUCUGAGGGAUGGUACAGCUCAGUCUGAUUUACUAUAAGAUCUGCCUCCCAUUUUAUAGAUUGCUUUGUAUUUUAAUUAAAUAUGUCUAAAUUGUCAGACAAUAUCUUGACCAUACAAAUAAAUCUGAUUGCAUGGUGGCAAACCUUCAUAUGACCAUACAAAUAAAUCUGAUUCCAUGGUGGCAAACCUUCAUAUGACCAUACAAAUAAAUCUGAUUGGUGGCAUUAACCUUUAUAUGACCAUACAAAUAAAUGUUAUUGGUGUCAUUCAAACCUUCAUAUAACCAUACAAAUAAAUCUGAUUGCAUGGUGGCAAACCUUCAUAUGAUCAUACAAAUAAAUCUGAUUGCAUAGUGGCAAACCUUCACAUGACCAUACAAAUAAAUCUGAUUGCAUGGUGGCAAAACUUUUAAAGUGGAAGCCAUCUUUCUCUCAGUAGCUACAUAAUUUGUGAUCAGCUGUUUUAGACAUUCAACCAUUAAGUCAAGGACACAUGAUUUGCUACUUGGGACAAAACACCCGUCCCAUAACUCCUAUAUAUCUUAUUGAUAUCCCUGCACACUCAGAAUAAGCACCAGAAGAAGUAAAUCUUGCAGUUUGCAAUCAAAUGUCAAGACACUCAAAUUUGAAAUCAAAGUCCAAAAUUGUAAUGCAAAAGAAAAUCAUUUUGUGUGGUACAUAGAAAUUUAGGUCUUGUACACUGCAUGUACAUAGAGUUUCAGGUUUUGUACAUUACAAUUAGAAAUCUAAGUAUUGUACACUGUACAUAGAAAUUUAAGUAUUGUAUACUGUACAUAAAAAUUUAGGUAUUGCACACUAUACAUAGAAAUUUAGGUAUGGUACACUGUACAUAGAAAUUUCGGUAUUAAUUGCAUUAGAUAGUGUGAGAGUGCAUGGUUACUAUAAUAUCAAUUUCUGAAUUUUCCUCAAAAGUGGUCCAUUCUUAGAAGCUUUCCAAAUUCAUAGCUUUUAUACUAUUAAAUUAAUUUAAUGAUUAUUAAUUUACACUUCUCUGCCCCAUUCGCUUUUUGGUAACUAUGCCUAUCAUCUAAAUUUAUCAACCAAUCAAAUGUUGUCUUUUAUUAGUAUCAUUUGUUACUAUUUCGAUCUAUCUAGGACACCCCCCCUAUAGGGACAAUUGAUUGCACCCUCUAGGGGAACCCCCCUUUGUACCAAUCAUACUUAUUAAUUAUCUUAUUUCAAAUCAUAACAAUUUAAUCAUCCAAUCAACGUUCAUAAAUUUUCCUACUUCGACAUUUCAAAUUCUAGUUAAGCAUCACUUUAGAAAAUUUCACGAAGGGCAGAGGCCACGCAACCUUUAGCAGCAAGGCCACGCAGUCUAGGCCGUUUUUAUACCAUAAAUUUUCCAAACAUUAGGAAUUAUUGCAAUGUGUUUAUAAUACUAAUUUUUUUUAUUUUUUUUUUUUUUAUUAUAUAUUAGUUAUUAUAUAACUUAAACCGUAGAAGUAGAUUAGGUUAACCAUGAUUUCGCUUUAUGUUUUGCUCUAUGUACAUUAUUUUGUCUUACGCUUUGACUUUGUUAUGUAUAUAAAUCAUGGUUAUUUGCCCAAACUGGUUGUUUUACUUUAACCUAGACAGUGGAGAGAUAAAGGAAAUUAAUUAAAAUUUAAAAAGAAUAUCCCACAGUGUUGUAGUUUUCAUCAAUUUAAGAAAUAUGAGGCUGUUGAUUGAUUCAUUGUAAAAGAUUGUGAGGUUUACAUAGUUGAUUGAUUCACAGUAUAAGAUUGUGAGGUUAAUUUACACGGUUGAUUGAUUCACCUAUAAGAUUGUGAGGUUUACACAGUUGUUGUGUGUUGCCCAAAAUUUGGUGAAAGAAGUAGGUACAAUUUCUACAGUCAUCUGGCCCAAAAUAUUGAUUUCACUUGGAGCUCAAAUCCUGCCAUUCAAUUAAGGAAUAGUUUAGCAAACCCAAAAUUCACUCAGUUUGAUCAGCAAAAUGAUUUGUGUCAUAUGACGAGAGCUUGAAGUUGGCAUAAAAAUGCCAUUUUCAAUGAAAAUAUCCACAAAUUCAGGUGGUUUUCCUUUUAGAAAACAUACAGCGCAUGCGUCGAGCAAAUUCAUAUUGAAGCAUGUUUUUCAUCUCAAAAUAAUACACAAUAUAUAUCAUUUUCAUUUUGCUCGACAAAUGCGCACAUCUUUUCCUGAGCAAUAAUUUGUAUGACAUUUGACAGUUUUCAGGCUUAUUUUGAGAAAAAGGCGGGAAAUGUCUUAUUCAUGAUGUCAUAAUGCUAUCCAUUUAGGACUAUCAUUCUGAUUUUGUUGACAUAGUAUACCUGGCAUUUAUUUUACUUUCUUAAAACACUGAUUAAGGUUAAUUCCAGACACAUUUUACAGAGAGAAAUUGUUUGGGCCUUUUUAUGUAUACAAUUGUACCUUGUUCUUUGGCUGAGUUAUAAUUAGCUAUCUAUCUAAAUAAAAAUUGGACCUUUUUAUGAUAUCAAUUGGAAGUUAACUGCCAAAUGAAUUCAUGCACCGUAACUAAUGUUUGUACAACUAUAAUAGGUCUUAGUUCAGGACUAUAGCACAUAUGAUUGCUGAAAAUGAUGACAAUUCAACAUUGGAAUUUGAUUUGCCAAUCACUGUGUGUGUGGGCUAUUGAUAGAACUGAAGUGGAACAUUUUUUGUCUGAUCUCUUCAUUUGGAGGUCUCUGAUUGGCUUCUUGACUUUGUGUUGUAGAUGCACUGGCUGAAUCAUUUAAGAACAGAAUUUGUUUAAGUAUGAUUGAUUUGUAAGACACAAAUGCAUGCAUGCUAAUAGGAUUUACUGGGGUCAAAGUUACCACACAAAAAGACUGAUUUAAUGAUACUUAAUGUAAGGAGGAGAAAUAAUGAUAAAAAAACAGGAGACCAACAUCUUGAGCUAAAUCAACUGGAGACCAACUGACCUUCUGCGGGAGACCAACUGACCUUGAGAUUUUAUUUUAUUUUAUUUUUAUCAAUUUUAAACAAUAUUUUAUUCACUGAUAACUUGUGAAUUGGAUUGGGCAGCAGGCAUAGCCUAUUUCAGCCCUCUUCCUAUGAACUGGAGACCCGGCACUAUGAGGUAAAUUAACUGGAAACCCGACACGUUGAGGUAAAUUAACUGCAAACUGACUGACCUUGAGGUAAAUUAACUGCAGACUGACUGACCUUGAGGUAAAUUAACUGGAGACCGACUGACCUUGAGGUAAAUUAACCGGAGACCCGACAUCUUGAGGUAAAUUAACUGGAGACCUGACAAAUUGAGGUAAUUUAAAUGCAGACCGACUGACCUUGAGGUAAAUUAUCUGGAGACCUGCCCAGCACCUUGAGGUAAAUUAACUGUAGACCCGGCACCUUGAGGUAAAUUAAUCGGACCCGACAAAUUGAGGUGAAUUAACUGGAGACCCGACAAAUUGAGGUAAAUUAACUGGAGACUGACUGACCUUGAGGUAAAUUAACUGGAGACUGACUGACCUUGAGGUAAAUUGACUGCAGACCGACUGACCUUGAGGUAAAUUAAAUGGAUGACUGACUGAGUUGAAACCUGUUAUAUUCAGUAGAGUUCGUAAAACAAGUACAGUUAAACCUCGUUUCUCAAACUCAAUCAGGGGCCGAGAAAAAUCUUUGAGCUAUCCCAUGGUAACAGGGUUCGAGAUAUUGAAUUCUAUAAAUACACAAAGAAAAUGUAGUUGGGACUCACUUCGACAUAUCCAUGGUAUUUGAGAUAUUGAUGUUCGAGUUACCAAAAUUCAAUGGUAUAAAACUUAAAUAUUCAAUUCAUACGUACACCUGAAUGCUCGGGAAGAGAGCACAGAUAAGUACCUCAUUAGUUAAUGUAGUGAUGCUCGGUUGUACAAGGGAAGUAAUUCAGACUAUAAAGAGAUACAGAAAAGUUCAAAAGUCCUCAGAUUUGGUAUGACUCCAGGAAAUCUGACAUUGGUUUGGAAACCUUUCAAAGAUGUGAUUUUUUCAAUUCUAUUUCAUGUACAAGUGUUUGUAAGAAAGAGAUGAUGGACCACCAUCAGAGCAACUCUAUCAAUAAGUGAUUAAAAUAGUGAGGGAAUCAUAUAGAGAAAUUGGUUGUAUAGAUGCCUUAUUCACUCCAGUGUAUGGGAAGAUUAAUGAUAGUGUGAAAUUCAGAUAUAGAAUAAUUGCACAUCAGAAAGAAGACAAAAAUACAUAUUAUUUAAUAAUUGUUUCUCUGAGAUUUCAUAGUAAUAAUGUACAGACUUAGUGAAGCAAAAAAUAGAAUAAAUUAAUAAAAGGAGAGACUUUAUUGUUACUGUGGCACAUAUGUGUAAUAAGCAAUAAUUCUUUCAAUAUGCCAUUUUUUUGUUAAGAUGAUCCAUGAAAUGAAAUAAUAUAUUUCAUCAAAAUGUUUUGCCAUCAUCAUAUUGUAUACUUAAACUGCAAUCUGGCCAUGAAUGUAAAUAAAUAUCCACAAAACUGUGCAUUUAAUGAAGACCACAAAAAUUGAUGCCCUUGAAUAUUAAGAAAACCACAGUAAUUAACAAGAGAGAGAGAGAGAGGAGAAAACUGCCUCUGAGAUUUGAAGGUCAAUAAAAAGCUGCAUGAGGUUUUAGAAAAGAUUGGUCAAAAUGAUGGCAUGACUAUUGAACAGACUAGCAUGGUCAGAGGUCCCUAUAAAAUCGAUUGAACACUGUCAGUUUAUGAAGAUGAAUUAAUGGAUGUAGAACCUUGUAUGAUGGUUCUCCUCAGCAAUAUUAGAUAACGAAGGUAAUAUGUCGCUUAUGAAGACCAAAAAUGUCAGCAAUGUAUUGUAUUCCCAAGUAAAAUCCAUUCUUCUAUAAAUUUCGAGAGCUCUGACGAUAUUGUUAUAACCCUGAAUUAAUUUGUGUGAUUAUAAUUAUACAGAUUGAUAAAUCUUAAGGAAAGUAUUGAUGUCAUUCAUACUAAAAUUUACAUUCAAAAUUUGUAUUUUUAGAAUAUUCUUUUGGGGUGCAACUUGAAAAGUGCAUAUUUAAUUGUUUACAGUUUGAUUAGAAAUGUAAUGCAUCUUUUAAGGUCAAUGUGUCAAAAUUUGGUGACUAUAUUGCUGCGAGUUAGACCUGCUUUGACCUCAUUUCUUUAUAAUGAGUUUAUCAUAGCUCCUAUUCCGGGUUCUUCAGAUGUUCUAAGAAUAGAGAGCUCCCUAAAGGCAGCUGUCUGCAUUCACUUUGAGAGCAGGAUUUGAGAAUUGAAAUCUGUAUGAAAUAUUGAAUCGGAACAGGAGAGACUUCCCAAUUCAACUGAAUCGGUCUUGGAUGCAAUAAUGUUGUCAUGGUAAUGAAUUCUGAAGAAUUUGAUUAUUGUAAACAAAAAUGUAAAUCCUGUAACCUGUGCCACGAGCCUGUCAUAUUAUGCAUGACUGAAAUAAUUGUGCAUUAAAAGUCACCCAAUCCACUCCAUUGUAUACACUGACAGUUCCAUUGCAUUCUUCAUGCAGCAUUGAACAAAAAGCCCAGGAAGACAAAGGUGAAUACUCAGCUGUAUUGAAAACUUUGCAAGUAAAAUCAGUUUGUCAGUGUUGGUAAACACUGCUGAAUAGAGUAGCUUAUAUUACUCCUAUAAGCUGUGGUAAAAAGCUUUCUCUUCUUAGGUGUGUGAACAAAAUCAAUGGGAAACCCCUAGUAGCAAAUGAUUGCACAUGCUGAGGAGAGAAAAGAUUUUUUUUUAAAGCCACAUCUUGAAAUCAUUAAUGUUACACAUAUUGAUUAAAUACGGGUUUCUAGUGUGACGUAAGCACAGAAACCAAAGGCACAGAGUCAAGAAGCGUGGCUUUGGAAUGAAUGCAAGAGUUACAAAGCACAAUCUGAGGUACAACACUGAGAGAAGAUAAGGGGCUGAUAAUUAAUGAAUUUAUUGCUUCGGGACAAGAUAAUUCUCUUAGUCUCUGAAACUCUUUAUGUCUGGGAGUAUUCAAUUGAUAUUAUAAGCUUCCUCCAGUCAAAUACAAUAAGUCAUAUGUAGCUAUUUAUCCAUUCAACAAGCCGACUGAUUCAGCCACAUUUAAACAGUUACAGUUUUUUGUGUAUCUGUACAAUUAUAACUUCCGGGUGUUUAAAUGAAUGUUCGUGAUACACACCUGAGACAUAAAAAAGCCAGCAGAGCCACUGUUUUACCAGUCAAUGCAUGUUUUCUGGCUCAGAGAAUCCUCCCAGUGUUGGAGCCGAACCAAGUCUAGAAGUGUUUACUGUCGUGAUUUGACAAGAUAACUGAUAUGCUGAGAUAUUUUGUGUAUGCACCAUUUGAUAAAAAUAACUAUUAUUUGUUGACUUCAUGAAUCAAUUAAGGUGUGCUAGCUGCUUUAUGACUUUGUAUUAAUGUCCCAAUGAUGUUCACUUGAGUACCUGAUUUUGUGUGUGGAUGUGUUCACUAUAUACCCAAGGGCAGUAUGAGUGAUUGACUUUCAAACAAUUUGCUGAAACAAAUUCUGGAUGUGUAAGAGUACUCACUGAGGAUUUCCUGAAGAUAACGAAAUAUUGGAAAGUAGCAGGAUGCGUGUGAACCAAUUCCAUAAACAAAAUCGUAUUUUUUCUGGGAGGAAAAUGUUGAUGGACAUAAGUUUCUGAGGUGUAGAACUGGGAAGAUUCGGAGAAAUAAUGCAUUAAGUAUAUAUAGGUGAUAGACAGCACUGGAGAUUCACAAUAUAGAAUUAUCCAAUAUUGCAAAUUGAAUUUUGUCCCCAUUGCUAGACCUCAGUGCUGUGACAUACAGCAUUUUACCUCGGUUAGACAACGUAAUAAACAUCCAGGAUGCGAAUUUUCCAAUCAAUGACUCUGUAAUCGUUAGUGGUGCACCCAUGAUCUGUCGUGUUUGCUCUUAACAGGAGGAUUUGUAAUUUAGUGACAGGAAAUUUCAUAAGAGUGGAUUUCUGAGCUUUUAUUCUGUGGCUUUUGUUGGAAUUAUUCUGCUAAGCUAUCACACGGUCACUCGCAAUGAAUUUCCUUAAGCCUCCGGACCAUCGGCCACGCCGUAGGUCACUUCAGGCCAUUCCUGAUGAAAAGGAAGUCCAAGAAUUCUAUGAUGAAGACAAUGCUGAAAUGGCCCUCCUUCAAAUGCUGAAGCAAAACAGCAAAAGAAGGGUCUCCCUUCCUAACCCACAGGAUUUGGGAAAUUUUGCCAUGCCUCUUCUGGAACAAGGUGUAAAUGAUGCCACCAACUGCAAUGAUCUCCCUGAUGGAGAGUACCGUCCCCGGGCAGGGUCUACCGGCUUCAGGGGGCUGUUCAACAAAAAGUCACGCAAACAAUCAGGGGAUGAUACCAUGAAACAGUCACCAUCCACAUCAGCCAAAGUGAAAAGUUUCUUUGCUGAAACAUUCAGACCAAGAUCAAAAUCGGACCUCUCUGGUGUGAAAAAGCCUGGAAAACGACAUAGUGCCAAAAUGGACCAAUCUAUGGAUGAGAGUCAUUUACGAGACUCUAUAUCACCAGGUAAAAUGGAACAGUUUAGUCCCCCUGGUGGGGGCUUACCCCCAGGGAUAGCUAACCACAAAGGACAAGACCACGUGUCCCCAAUGGGUCAGUUGUUAGGGGGACAAUUGGGUGAUAAUAAUAGAAACCGUCAUUCUCCGGCACAGGCUGAAUUCAUGGACAGAUUUAGGACAAGAUCAAAUUCUGACUCUCGGGCAAGACCUCCAAAAUGGAAACUGACCCAACAGAGAAGCAUGAGUCCACCAAAUAGUCCUUUCAUAUCUCCAAAGAAGACAUCCAAUCCCAAUGAACCCAAAUCAGCCCCGCCCAACAUGAAGGGUCCCUCCUUUCUUAACAAUGAUCACACACACGCCAUCAUCUACAAAUCCUCAGACCCUCCUGUACGGUUCAAUUUGGAGGGAGAUCUUCCUGAGAUGUCGAACAUGGAGAUAGAAGAUUUAGAUGAGAACAUUGACCAAGCAUUUGCAAAAUUUAUGAGAGCGCAUAAAUGUUACGACUUAAUUCCAACCAGUGCCAAAUUAGUUAUAUUUGACACCCAGUUAAAUGUGAAGAAAGCCUUCUUUGCAUUAGUGUACAAUGGUGUGCGAGCGGCUCCAUUAUGGGAUAGUGUCAAGCAAGAUUAUGUGGGGAUGUUGACCAUUACAGACUUUAUAAAUAUCCUACAUAAAUACUACAAAUCACCGCUAAUUAAAAUGGAGGAGUUGGAAAAUCACCGCAUCCAGACCUGGAGAGAGGAACUCAAAGAUAAACAGCGGCCGUUCGUGUGCAUCGAGCCCGACGCCAAUCUGUACCAAGCCAUUAAGACGCUCAUUUCCUGUAAGGUGCACAGGCUUCCUGUUGUAGACCGGUCGACUGGCAACGCUCUUUAUGUCCUCACACACAAACGCAUUCUCAGGUUCCUAUAUAUCUAUAUCAAUGAGUUACCAAAGCCAAGCUUUAUGAGACAAACCCUGGAGGAAUUAUCCAUUGGAACUUUCAAGAACUUGGUAAAGGCAACUCCCAAGACUCCUAUCAUCAAAGCCCUAAACUUGUUUGUGGAGCAUCAUAUCUCUGCCUUGCCAAUCUGUGAUGACGAGGGCAAGGUCAUUAAUAUUUACGCCAAGUUUGAUGUCAUUAACUUAGCCGCCGAGAAGACGUACAAUGACCUUGACAUUACUAUGGAACAGGCCCUGCAGCACAAGACACAGGAGAGCUGGUUUGAAGGAGUCGUUACAUGUACAAAAGAUGACACUCUAGAAGUGGUGAUCGAGAAGAUUGUCAAAGCAGAGGUUCAUCGGUUGAUUGUGGUGGAUGAAGGUCAGAAGAUGUACGGAGUGGUGUCCUUGUCAGAUAUUCUGAAUUUCCUCGUGCUGAAGCCAUUUGGUGAUUAUGUCAGCGCUAAGUCCUGAUUAGAACGAGAACCUCAGAAAAGGAAUGGAUUUAUGGAAUGUUACCAGACGAGAGCUGGAUCCAUGCCCUAUAUUUAGAGACCAUCGGACCUUCAAUGAAAUGCUUGAUCCAUGCCUGAAGAAGAUUGAAACAUCACGGUGACAUACCCUUUUGAAGUUUAAACAUCAGAGAAAGUGAUCAGGCGUAGCAUAUUAAUUUUAGGGGGAAUUAUGUGGAUCUGGAGAGUCAAUUUGUAACCAAUUGAAUUUGGCCUUCGUUACUAAGGCUUCUGUGACAGAAGGAUUAACAAUGAUGGAGAGAAUUAUCUGUGAUUUUAUUAGCAGGUGUCAUGGCAACUCUUUGUAUAAAAAUCAUUAAAUAUAUACUCAUUUAAACAUUGCUAUAUUCAUGAAUUGAUAUUGACAACUUAGGAGAAAAGAUGAAAAAAAAAAAAAAAAAGUUUUUCAGACAAUUUUUUUUUCUUUUUAAAUCACGAGUCGCCAUUUGGCUUUUCAAAAAUGUCUGACAUGUCAGAAGUUUAUGGAAGAUUGAAAUAAAGAUAUGUCCCUCUCCUCAAUUAUUUGGUAUGUAAAUCUGUAGUUAAGUGUCUGCAGAUACAUUGGGCAUUGAGGGUUUGUUUCAAGUUUUUCUACCUGAAUCAGUCUACCUCUGUUACUAUAAGAGAAGAUGUUUUAGGAGAAAUAUGUUUGUUUCAUGUUGAAUUUGUUGUAUAGAAGAUAAUUUCUUUUUUGAAAAAAAAAUAAAUGGCAAUGAUGUUUAUUUCUUAGUUUUGUGGGAUAUGUAUUUGUUAUUUAAUUUUGUUCUGGUUCAUUAAUUUUGUUCUGGUUCAUUAAUUUUGUUCAAUUUGUUUCACGGAGAUAGACAUUUCACUAUUUUCAUGAUGAGAGAUGGAUGUGUGAAGAUGUGAAAGUUUUUUCAUUGCUAAUUUUUGUAAUGGAACAAGACUGUCAAACAGAUCUUGUUAAGACAGUUCUGAUUGGAUGAUGCAUUUGUAAACCACUGUUUGAUUAGAUGAGAUGAGCCUGAUGUGAUGUUCACAUGUGACAAGUGCUGUGAUAUAAUUUACUAUAGUAGAACAAGUAGAUGGUUCAUAUAAUGGCUCAAUUGACUGAUAUGACCUGCUGAGUUUGAUAAAAACAUGCUUUUCAUAUUCAAAUUCUACAUAAAAUUCUAUGUGUGCUCUUUUAGAUAAAUUUGAAUUUGAUUUAAUUUAAAAUUUUCAGUACACUGAUUUUGAAUUGCAUUUCAAUGUUAUAUCUAAUUUUGAUUCCAUUGUUCAACUUUUAUCAAAUAAGAUAUGAUCUCAGUAUGUUUUCGGAAUGUGUUUGUGUGUGUGCAUGUGCGUUUCUCCCGACUCUGUACAUAAUUACUUUGGUUGUUCUACACUUCAACAGUCAUAAUGAAAGUGAACUAUUUCUUGUGUUAUAUCAAACAUGAUUGUAGUUUUGUAAUACAAAGUAUUGUGGUGUAAAAACCACUAAUGCAUAGCAGAGUGCUGUUUAUAUUUGGUGGGUGUAAAAUUUGAGGAAUGUAAGGGAUCAUGUUUUGUCAAUAGAUUCUGUAAAUGAAUGAAUACCCACAACAGGGUAUGUAAAAAGGGCGAAAGUUUACUAAAUUUUAUUUUGGCAAUUUGCAACCUGUUGCUGAACUUCGUACCCUACAAGGAAAAAAGAAAAGAAAGAAAACCCCUUUAUUAGAUGAGCAGCUAUGUAAACAAUGGAUACAUUGACAGACUUGGGUAUUCGUGGGGCAGUGAACGUUUGUCUGAUAUGAUGGAUUGGGAUGGAGGGAAUAUUACUGAAAAAGUUCAAAGUAGUAUUGCAUGAAAUGAGUAGGAGGCACAUAUAUAAAACUAUGCAAACCUUUGUAAAUUAAAAAAAUUCACAAAUCACUGUUGUGAAUGAUUGUGAUUAGAAUGAAAAAUGGUGUACUCCAAAAACUGCAGGGUCACAUACAAUGGAAGGUUGUGUGUAAACUGCAGGGUCACAUACAAUAGAAGGUCGUGUGUAAACUGCAGGGUCACAUACAAUGGACGGUCACGUGUGACUACAUGCUAUUGUCUUCAUUCAUUUCUCAAAGUGACCUCUAAUCUAAUUGUCUUUUAAGUUAUGAACGUCAACUGGUUUAACCCCCUCCCUCCCAAAAAAAUUUAAUUCUCAUUAUGUGUUUGUGGAUUGGUGUUGGAAUGACAAUUGUAAAUUUGUCUCUGUACAUGCCAGGAGUGACGAGACUAGAGAAGUGGGGACAGUGUUGUAACGUGUCUGAUAUUUCAUUGUGUGAGAGAAUCGUUCAACCAUUGUGUCAUUUUAUACAUGUAUAAAGUAAUCUGUUUAACUCUCAUCUCAUUUUAUACAUGUAUUAAGAAAUAUGUAUCUUAUGCAAGAAAAUAGAGAGUCACAAACAUAAAGGGGAGGGGGGUUGAUUAUUACUCAAGAAAAAAAUGUGUUGUGCUGAAAGAAAAUGAAAAUAAAAUGUUGAGAAGUUUA